CGCGGGGCGGGGCCGCCAACCCGGAAGAGGCGGGCGGCGCGAGGCCGGGGCCGCCAUGGGCCUCUUCGGGAAGACCCCCGAGAAGCCGCCCAAGGAGCUGGUCAACGAAUGGUCCUUGAAGAUAAGGAAAGAAAUGAGAGUGAUUGAUAGACAGAUCAGAGAUAUCCAGCGAGAAGAGGAGAAGGUGAAGCGGUCCAUAAAGGACGCUGCCAAAAAGGGGCAGAAGGACGUGUGUGUGAUCCUGGCGAAGGAGCUGAUCCGCUCACGGAGGGCUGUAAGCAAACUCUAUGCAUCCAAAGCUCACAUGAACUCUGUUCUCAUGGGGAUGAAGAACCAGCUCGCUGUCCUGAGAGUAGCAGGUUCAUUGCAGAAGAGCACAGAAGUCAUGAAGGCUAUGCAAAAUCUAGUAAAAAUCCCUGAAAUCCAAGCAACAAUGAGGGAGUUGUCCAAAGAGAUGAUGAAGGCUGGUAUCAUAGAGGAGAUGCUGGAAGACACCUUUGAGGGCCUGGAGGAUCAGGAGGAGAUGGAAGAGGAAGCUGAGAUGGAAAUCGACAAAAUCCUUUUUGAGAUUACAGCAGGAGCCUUGGGUAAAGCCCCAAGCAAAGUCACAGACGCCCUGCCCGAGCCCGAGCCCGCAGGGGCAGCGGCAGCGGCCGAGGAGGAGGAGGAGGACGACAUCGAGGCCAUGCAGUCCCGGCUGGCCACGCUGCGCAGCUGAGGGGCAGCCCCGGGCUCCCCUUUGCCUUGGGGCUGUUGCAAUGGGAUGUUUCCUGCCCUGCCUUCAAAAUGGAAUAUGUGAGAACCCUUUAUGUAAUAUAUCUAUAUUAUUUUGGGGCCUGGGGAUUGUGUUCUCCCAGAAACUACUGUAAUAUACUUCUUGGGGAGUGCAGGCUGCAGAGAUGCUCUUACCCUUUUCUGUCGGGCUGCAGUGAAAUGGUGGCGGAACGUUAUGGAUUUGGGGGUAUUAAGUCCUGAAGUACGUUCAUAGCUUCAAGUAGCAUCUUUCCUUAAAAAGCACUUUGGCUUCAUCUGCUGCCCAGAACCUCCUGUGGUUAAGAUCUCUGGUUUUCUGACUCACUACAGAUUUUAUUAAAGCUGCUUUUACCAGUUGCUGCCGUG